AUUUUGUCAUGGCCUCCAGUUUCGUUUCAAAAUUUAAAGUAAAACAUUCUUGUUAAUUUUUAUAACAAAAUUAUAUUGUAACAAUAACAUUUUUAUAGUCAAAAUUUAAUUGUGUUUUUUUAUCAACCACGACGUUUAAAUUUAAAGUGAAUAUUUCAAUCGAAAGCUAUAAAAAUGAAUGACGUGAUGGUGGAAGUUACUGAAACUGGUAACGAAGUCACAAAUGGGAAUGGUACUGCAAUCGCAAAUGGGAACGGGAACGGAAAUGGUAAUGGAAAUGGAAACGGUAAUAUGGAAAUAGACGAUGAUAAAGACAAGAGAGUCAAAAUUCAGGUUGAAGGUGAAGAUGAAGUGGUGGAGGCCGAAAUGGGUCGCAAACAAAUGAAAAGAUUCCAACUGCCAAACCUACCGAGAUGGUGGCAAGCUGUUAUUAUUCAAUAUGCCUUCUCGCACCCGCAUGUCCGCGCCCGGCUGGAGAAGCACAUGGGCUCCAACCUGGUGCGGCUCACGGACAAGGCCUUCAUGACGGAGCUGGAGGAGAGGAUCCGCGCCGUCAAUGAGGAGAACCUCAACAAGAGGAUCACUACGCGCGUGAUGGACGAGAUGGAGAGGCUCAAACGACUAAUCCUAGUCGGGAAGACGCCGCUCAAAGAAUGUCCACCGGAACUGUUCCAUCAUCCAGUGUUCGUUUUUUGGCGAAUGGUCAACCGGGAAGUUAAUCGCGCUUCCAAGAAACGGGCUGACAUUUACUAUAGAAAAUUGAAGGCUGCUCAGAAGUUGGACCUGUCCAUGGGUGAAGAGCAAAUACACGAAGAAGAAGUGAAAGGCAAAGAGCUGACACCGGAACAACUCCUCGCGAAAUGCCGUGAGGAGAUGGAACAGCAAACGCAACUGGAUAUUGAAAAAGGUGUUCGCUUCACGGAAGAACAGUUUGCACAACUGAAAUAUGAAACAAAUGACAUUAAAACGCUGAAGAAUCUCUCGACGGUGGAGGAGUUGUACGCUUUGGCAGAUAAGAUUAUUGGAACCAAACGUCUGUAGGAUUUUUUUUUUAAUUUUUAAGAGUAAUUUAUUCAUAGCGUGAUGUACCUGAAUCAAUAAUAUAUACGUAAUAUUUGGUCGUUGGCUGAUCUACGUCGUAAUAUUAUAUCAAUAAUAAUGUCUCUUUACGAGAUUCAAUAAACAUUGUAAACUGCAACGCAACGUAGUGAAAGUAAGCAACAUGUUUUGUAUUUAAUAAAUAUCCA